UUGAGAUCGUCUGACUUUGAAAACAACGCCGCCAUAUUUAAACCGUUAAAUACUUUGUCUGAAAUUUUUUUGCCGAUUGUAUUGGUUACUUUAUAACAGUAAGCUGGUCUUUUAGCGCCCUAAAAUGUCAGACGAGUCUUCGGAGUUCACCGAAGACGACAUCCGGCGCCAGCUGGCCGCCCUUGGUUACCACGACGUGCCGGAAUAUCGUCUGAAACAGUUCGCGCGGGACCUGCAGGAGCUGGUUCAGCAGGACCGCUCCAAGGCGAGCUCGCAGGACCAGAGCUUCGCGUCCUCGGCCUCCCGCCUGGACGCUUCUGUCUCCGCCCAGCCAGCGUUUCCACUACGACAACCAACCCGGACCAACCCCGCACACAGACAUGAUCCAGUAGAACAGCCAGGUCAUGGUAAGGAGAACCAGACCACCAGGAACUUCCCUGUUGGACAUGACAGAGAACAGACCAGACCAAAGGCCUACUACGACAGAGAGCCCAGACCGACGACUGCACCAGCAAAUCCCGCCAGGUACGCGCACGCCGAGUCAUCAGCGAACGACAGCAGGAACGAAAGCGGGUUCAGGGUGCCGAAGAGGAAAGUUCUGAGGAAGAUUAAUGGAGAGUCCCGGGUUUUCGACGAGUCGCUCACGACGGAAAGUGAGGCGGAUGAUGUGAGUGAACUCGGGGAGCGUCUGGCCGGUCUUCCGAUCAACGAGGAGGAUUCGUACCUGUCUGAGGACGACGUUUCACAGUACAGACGGCAGAGGCCGCGCUCGGCGGGACUGUGGCCCCACAGACCCGCGGGGGACGAGGAGAGCGAGUACGCACCCCACCUUCCGCGGUCGUUCAUCCGCCCGGCGGUCCGGCUCCCACAGAACAGGAAGAGCGUGAAGACGGACCCGGUGAACCGGUUCCACUUCUACAACCGGCAGUGGGCGGCGCAGAAGGCCCCCGAGGAAAAGAAGCACAAGGACCUGCGGUGGAACGUCCGCGAGCUCAUGAUGCAGAGAGACGAGGUGGUGCGGAAGCCGCAGCGCGUCUAUGUGCCCAACGGCUACGUCGUGCCCACCAACAAGAAGAGACAGGCCCUGCGAUGGGAGGUCAGGCACGAUAUCGCCAGGGGCGUUCUGCCGCAGUACUGAACAUGAGACUCUCGCGAAAAUACAUGAUGUAGAUUAGACAUCCAGGUUAUAAGAUACGCCAAAAAGCAGUUACUCAAGCAACUGGAUGUGGUUUGGGAAACGGUCAGUUCCAAAACCAUAUCCAACUUUGCUUGAGUAACUACUUUUUGGCAUACUUGAUGGAAAGAUUUUAUGACACUGAAAAUGUAAAAGGAUCAUCAAAUGGAUGUUCCUUAGCUUCCAGUGCUACAUGUACCAUUGUACCUUUAUUCUUUGAGGUUCUGAGGUGUUCAGUUUUCGAAGGAAUAUUUUAAAAGGUCACUUGUGGAAAGAGUUGUAAGGCAAUGAUAUUCCAUUUUAUUGCCUCAGGAUCUGUAGCAUGUUCCGGGGUGCCUAAGCAUUUAUGAAAGGCACGAAUCACUAUGUGAAAAUCUACAAAUUUUAAGAAAAAUGUUCAAAUCGCUCAAAUCUUAUGUGAUACACACGAACCAUAUGGAAACCCGGGGCAACCGCUGCCUGGUCCACGUGACAGAUGGAGCAAGAUUUGACAAUGUGGUGUGCCGAAAAAGGGUAUCCCACAGGCUAUUGGAAACUUAAUGAUGUUGCCAGUCUGCUCAAGGUUCGUGCGUAUCUUCAUGUGUUUCACAUAGUGAUUCAUGCGUUUUUCAUAAAAUUGAUACCUUUUCAAAUAGUGAUUCAUGCAUUUUUUCAUAAAAUGUGUACAAACCUCAUAAAAUUUGUGCAAAUGCUUAGGCACCGUGUGGCACCCCUGAUGUUGAGAGAGCGCUAAGCUUAUUUUGAAUCUGAAAAUACUCUCAAAAGUGGUAUGAUUUUUUCAAACGAUGUAAGGUAAUUUUCUGCACAUCCAUUCUGAACAAGUGAAAAUAUGAGGCUUCUAAUUGGUGUCGUUUCAAUUUGGAAAAUAAUUUUCCAGGAAUACCACCAGAUUUUUGUGUUGAAACAAUCUGAAUGACAUGAUUAAACUUUUCACAGAUUAACCAUGUUGCUAUUAGAUUUGAUGAAUUGUAUGAUACUUUUGUAAUAAAGUGUUGCCAUGUACA